CAAAUUAAAUGUACGACUUCUUCAGCAAAGAAUCCGGCAACCAUUUUCCCGACGAUUGUUUGUGUCCUCACACACACGAAACUGUCGAAAACUCCCUCGGCCCUUUCCUUGGUACUCGGUCUUCUCCAGUCUCACAGAGCAAAAGUAAAAGACGUGCAGGCCCGUAAGAUGCAAGGUGACACGAACAUUUCCCGAAGGUCGUAGAGGCUGAUGACGCAAUGGAGGACGCAGAAGAUUUGACGAACGAGAGCGAGUCUAGUUCAAGCAAAAGGAAGAGAAGAGAACUAGGGCUAUCAUGCAUGCUAAACACCGAAGUGGGAGCUGUCCUGGCAGUUAUUCGUCGUCCAGAGUUCACCAGUCCCUACAACAUGGCUCCCUCGGAGGAACACUACGACUCCUCCAUCGUCACCUCCCUCCGUUCCCUUCGCUCUCUCAUCUUCAACCCUAACCAGGAGUGGCGCACCGUCGACCCCUCCAUCUACCUCUCCCCCUUCCUCGACGUUAUCCAAAGCGACGACGUUCCCGCCUCCGCCACCGGCGUCGCCCUCUCCUCUCUCCUCAAGAUUCUCAAGUUCCAGGUCUUCGACGACAAGUCCCCCGGCUCCAGGGAGGCCAUGGAGUCCGUCGUCUCCGGAAUCACCAGCUGCAGGCUCGAGAAAACCGACCCUGUUUCCGAGGACGCUGUUAUGAUGAAGAUUCUUCAGGUCUUGACGGGGAUAAUGCACCACCGGGCUUCUACUUUGCUCACCGAUCAAUCUGUUUGCACCCUUGUCAACACCUGCUUUCAGGUUGUUCAACAAUCCGCGACUAGAGGAGAUUUGUUGCAAAGAAGUGCAAGGUACACCAUGCACGAGCUUAUACAAGUUGUGUUCACGAGGUUACCAGAUAUUGAUGAGGAUAGAGAGGACUCAGAAUCAGACAUGGAGGAUGGUGAUGAGGGUGGUGGUUUGGAAUCUGGCUACGGUGUUCGAUGUGCCAUUGACAUAUUCCAUUUCUUGUGCUCUUUGUUGAAUGUUGUGUCGAUAGUUGAGGCAGAUGGGUCUGGCUCUCACACUGCUGAUGAAGAUGUUCAGAUUUUUGCAUUGGUUUUGAUAAACUCAGCGAUAGAAUUGAGUGGGGAUGAGAUAGGGAAGCACCCAAAGCUCUUGAGGAUGAUCCAAGAUGACUUGUUUCACCAUUUGAUUUAUUAUGGAACAUGGUCUAGCUCCUUUGUCUUGUCCAUGAUUUGCAGCACUGUCUUGAAUGCCUAUCACUUUCUCAGAAGCUUUAUUCGUUACCAACUAGAAGCUUUCUUUGGAUAUGUGCUGAUCAGAAUUGCAAGCUUUGGCAGCACAAUUCCUCUUCAAGAAGUAGCAGUUGAAGGAAUAAUAAAUUUCUGCAGACAACCAACAUUCAUCAUGGAAGUGUAUGCAAACUAUGACUGUGAUCCAUUUUGUAGGAAUGUGUUUGAGGAUGCUGGCAGAUUACUUUGCAAGCACUCAUUUGCACUGAAUUCUCAUCUCACAAGUUUGCACAUCCAAGCCUUUGAAGGCCUAUUGAUCAUUAUUCACAACAUUGCAGAUAACAUUGACAAGGAUGGUCCAGCAUGUGACUUAGGUUCAUACACAAUUCAAUUGUCUGAGUAUAGACCCUUUUGGGAGGAGAUGGAUAGAGAAGACGACUUGGAAGCUUGGGUGGAACAUGUAAGGAUGAGAAGACUUCAAAAGAAGAAACUUCUGAUUGCUGCAAACCAUUUCAACAGAGAUAACAAAAAAGGUCUUGAGUACCUGAAGCAUGCCAAGUUAGUCUCUGAUCCUCCAGAUCCUAAGGCUUAUGCUUACUUCUUUCGUUACACUCCAGGUGUAGACAAGAAAGCAAUAGGGGAAUAUCUUGGAGACCCUGACACUUUCUACCUCCAAGUACUCAAAGAAUUCACUGACACAUUCCAUUUCCAAGGCAUGGUUCUUGACACUGCCCUUAGAUUUUAUCUAGAGAGUUUCUGGCUGCCAGGAGAGUCACAAAAGAUUCAACGAGUAGUCGAAGCGUUUUCGGAGAGAUUCUUUGAUCAUCAAUCCUCAGACAUGUUUGCAAGCAAGGACACUGUUCUAAUCUUGUGCUACUCCCUCAUCAUGCUCAAUACUGAUCAGCACAACCCUCAAGUUAAGAAGAAGAUGACAGAAGAGGAUUUCAUCAGGAACAAUAGAGCAAUCAAUGCAGGACAGGAUUUGCCUAGAGAGUACCUUUCUGAGCUUUAUCAAUCUAUCUCCACGUGUGCAUUUGCCCUUUCUCAAACCACUGUGUCACUAGACAUGAGUCCAAGUAGGUGGAUUCAGCUCAUAAACCUGUCCAAAGUGGAUCCAACUUUCACACAAUGUGACUUUGAUCGCAGAAUAUGUAGAGACAUGUUUGCCUGUGUUGCUGGUCCAGUAGUGGCUGCUCUUUCAUCGUUCUUCGAGCACGCCGAGGAAGAGGAGCUGCUGCAUGAGUGCAUUGAAGGGUUGUUCUCAGUUGCAAGGAUUUGUCAGUAUGGACUAGAAGACACCCUUGAUGAGCUUAUAACAUCUUUUUGCAAAUUCACCACACUGCUAAACCCUUAUGCUUCCAUAGAAGAGACCAUGUUUACCUUUAGUCAUGAUUUGAAGCCUAGGAUGGCAACAGUUGCUGUUUUCACCAUAGCAAACUACUUUAGAGACUCAAUUCAAGGGGGUUGGAAGAACAUAGUAGAUUGCUUAUUGAAACUCAAAAGGCUUAAACUUUUACCCCAAUCUGUCAUUGACUUUGAGGCAUCAGCUGAUGUCCCAGCAACACCUGAAUCAGGUGCCACGUCUCCAACUGAUGAUCAUAAAUUUGGCAGUCAGAGAAUUGCUAGCAUGCUCAGUCGAUUUUCGCUUCUUUCAUCAGAUAGCAUGGAUGAUGGCUUGACCAUUGGUAGUGAGUUUGAACAGAACCUCAAAAUGAUCAAAAUGUGCAAAAUUGGUAGCAUCUUCAUCCACAGCUCCAACAUUCCCAAAGAGAGCUUACAAAACCUUGGGAGAUCUUUGAUAUUUGCAGCUGCAGGAAAAGGCCAAAAGUUCAGCACACCAGUGGAGGAAGAGGAAACAGUUGAGUUCUGUUGGGAUUUGGUCACUGCAAUAUCAAUCGCUAAUGUCAAUAGAUUCCAUAUAUUCUGGCCAAACUUCCAUGAGUACCUUCUUGCAGUUGCUCAAUUCCCCAUGUUCUCACCAAUCCCUUUCGCAGAAAAAGCUAUUCUAGGCCUUCUCAGGGUCUGUCUCAAGCUAUUUUCUGCACCAAGAGAAGACAAACUAGCUGAGGAACUUAUCUUCAAGUCCAUAACUCUAAUGUGGAAGCUUGAUAAAGAAAUCCUCGACACGUGUCACGAAGUCAUAUCGCAAACAAUAAGCAAAAUAAUCAUUGAUUACCCAGCAAAUGUACAGACUCAGUUUGGAUGGAAGUCAGUGCUGAAUCUUUUAUCAGUUGCAUGGAGGCAUCCUGAGACCUAUGAAGCAGGAAUUGAAGCCUUGAUAGCAUUAUUCUCUGAUGGAAGUUGUAUAUCACGCACAAACUACACAUUUUGCAUAGAUUGUGCCUUUGGUUGUUUCUUAGCCAAGAACAGUCCAGUGGACAAAAAGAAGAAGAUACUAGACCUAUUGGCUGAUUCAGUAAACUUGUUGGUUCAAUGGCACAGAAACCUGUACACAGAUCCAGGAAGUAAUGCUAGUGCAUCAAGCUAUAAUAGCAACUCCUCCUUGGAGGACAAUAACAGAGGUCCUUCUGCAAACUACAACAUGAACCUGUUUGUGAAACUUGGAGAAGCAUUUAGGAGGACAAGCUUAUCAAGACAAGAGGAGAUAAGAAACCAUGCAGUUUAUUCUCUUCACAAGAGUUUCAACCUAGCUGAGGACCUUCUUUUCACAUCAUCAAACUGCAUCAACUAUUUCAACCUUGUGAUUUUUGCUAUGGUUGAUGAGCUUCAUGAGAAGAUGUUGGAGUACUCAAGGAGGGAAAAUGCAGAGAGGGAAACAAGAAGCAUGGAAGGGACCCUUAAACUUGCAAUGGAACUGUUGUCAGAUAUGUACUUGCAGUCAUUGAGACAAAUAACUGAGAGUCCAGCAUUCAGGACAUUCUGGUUAGGCAUAUUGAGAAGGAUGGACACAUGCAUGAAGGCUGAUUUGGGGCAAUAUGGAGCAUCAACUUUGAGUGAUGUGAUCCCUGAUUUGUUGAGAAAGAUCAUAUCACAAAUGAAGGAACAGGGGAUUUUGGAACCAAAAGAAGAGGAUGAUAUGUGGGAGAUUACAUAUAUCCAGAUACAGUGGAUAUGCCCUCCUCUUAAGGAGGAGUUAUUUCCCUUAUAGACCAAAUUUUAACCCCAUUUUUUGACUUUUCUUUUUCACACCAUUCAUUGGUUUUUGUAGCACACUUCCUUUGUUUUUCAACUUAUGAUGUAAAGCGAUAGUGUUGUUGUAUUCCCUUAAUCUUAGUGGACACUUCUUCAACAUAAAGCAGGCAUUUUCUUGUAUCACAGAUUGCAAAACUAAUGUCAUCGCUUAUUUUACAUCCUUGAGAACCUUCUAAUUACGCUACUAUGUAUUCCACUACUUAAUUCUGACA